AAUUCUGGAUUAUAAAUACAGCAAAAUGGAUACCCUGUCACCACAUCAUCACAAAAACGCCAAAGUCAGCAAUUCGAGCAGCUCAGGCUGCUCGGCAGCCUCCUCCACCACGGAUAUCAAGAGUUCGCUGAAAAACCAAAGUCCCAAUGUCAAGCCCUCUGGAUUACGUUCGCGUUCCUUUCUGUUGUGUCUGGGCAAACAUUUGGGCCGCCAUUUCAGUCAUCACCAUCAUCAGCAUCAUCACAGCAUAAGCCACAAUGACCAUACCAUUGUCUAUAACAGCCAAGAGGAUUUACGCAGCUCAUCGACUGACUCCUUUUCACUGAGCUAUGAACGCAACUCCCGUCUGGAUGGUUUAACCAAUGGCAAUGCAGGCACCUCCAGCCUGGAUUUGAGCAGUGAGGAAAUGAAUUCCCGCACUUCAUCGGCAUCGGCCUGCUCAAGACUCUCCCCCGAUCAGGAAUUGGAUAUGGAAAAUUGCUCCUCCAAUCAGCCGCAUAUCUAUAUAGCCACCACCAUAUAUAGAGCUUCGAGUUCGCUGGAUUGCCAUGAGGAUUUGGAUGGCUAUAGCGAGGCGGACAGUGGCAAUUCGAGCAGUGAUGAGAAUAAUGACGACAACGAAGAGGAGACACAAAAUUUGGCCAACAAGAAUAAUGCCACACUGACAGUCAAUGGCAAGCUGACACAGAAAUCCAAGUCCACACCAAACUCUGUCUCAAAUACACCAUCCUGCUCGUUGACCACUUCUUCCUCCAAGGGUCUGCAUUUAAGCCGCCUCUCCAUAACCUCUUCGGUGAGAAGUAUGUUCCAGCAUUUCUCCUCGGUAUCGGGUGUAACCACACGUUCCCUGUCCUGCUCCAGCACUCCGCUGCGAAGAGUUUGGGAUACCAAAUGUCGUAAAACUCAAUCGAAUCCCUCAUCCAGCAGCUGCACCAACUCCAAUAAGAGCUGCAACUCUAGCAGCAAUGCGGCAAGCAGUAGUAGCAGCAGAAGCCGAACGGCUGCCAAGAAACCUGAAAAGAAACAACAGAGCAUUCUAAGGCCUCCCAUACACUAUGUGUACAUGAAGGGCAUGUCCGGUUUGUAUUCCCGAGUACCCAGCUACACGGUAUGCUGUCCCUAUGGUACCCAGCAAUGGGCUUAGAUUGCCAUGGCGAAAAAAAAUACCGUUUUUUUUUUAA